ACAAAUUGUAGAUUAUAAGAUUUCUAAUGCUAACUGGAGUACUAUAAUCAAGUCAGAAUGCAUAAUAUUAUAUAUUUAAUAAAGAUAGAAAUGCAUUAGAUGAUUAUUAAUCAAUUAUUUGGAAGAACAAGACAACAAUCAUGUCAUUUUGUGUGCGACUUGCGCGCAGCAAACCCAUACGUUUGUUAGGAGGUAUUGCAAUGAAAUGUUGGGCUUUCUCUGGGACUUACAUACUUGCCUGUUUUCUUUUAUAUUGGUUGUAUGGUGGAAUCUCUGCCUUCUUUCUCCUUUGUUUCGCUACUACAGGUAUAUUAUAUCACAGAGAAGAUCAACUUGUAUAUCGUCCAGAAUGGCCAGCUAAUUCCAGGGUAUAUGUUCCUGCACCUUCGAUAUUUAAUUUACCUUAUCAAAGUAUAUAUACUAGAUCAAAAGAUGGUACAAUGUUACACAUGUUCUUUAUUUCUCAACCAGAAGAUAAAGCAAAAAAGGUGCCUACUAUAUUAUUUCUUCAUGGCAAUGCUGGUAAUAUGGGACAUAGACUUCAAAAUGCAGUUGGAUUGUAUCACAAUAUUCAAUGUAAUAUUUUGAUGCUAGAGUAUAGGGGGUAUGGAUUAUCACAAGGUUCACCAUCAGAGGAGGGUUUAUACAUGGAUGCUUGUGCUGAUGAUUAUUUGUCCAGUAGAACUGAUAUAAAUACAAGUGUAAUAGUGUUUGGUAGAUCAUUAGGUGGAGCGGUAGCAAUCAAUUUAGCUACAAAGCCGGAAAAUUUUCAAAGAAUUUGGUGCCUUAUUGUCGAAAAUACUUUUACCAGUAUUCCUGAUAUGGCUGCAUACCUUUUUGGAUCAAGAUUUUUACAAUAUCUACCACUCUUCCUGUAUAAAAAUAAGUAUUUAUCGAUUCACAAAGUGCGAUCAGUAACGGUACCUACGUUAUUCAUUUCUGGUUUGGCGGAUACAUUGGUGCCACCGCGUAUGAUGCAAGAACUUCAUAAGAAUUGCAGAAGUUCGAUAAAACAUAUACUUUCUAUUUCGGGAGGUACUCAUAAUGAAACAUGGUGCCAGCCAGGAUAUUAUCAUAUAUGUAACUUCUUAAGUGAGUUGAGAGAGAAUCCUGUUCAAGUGACAUCCAGUCAUUGGCAAAUAGAUGACAUAUAAUUAGAAAUACAACGUUCAUUUUGCGUCCAAAGCGGUAACUAUAUUUUAAAAAUGAUCCAUUACUAAGGUCAGUAUAUUCUAAUAGAUAACAAAUUUAAUUUAGCGUACACGAAUAUAUUAAAGUUUCAAUUGUGAUCAUUAUUUUAAAUGAAAACAUAAUUUAGCUCAUAACUAACGGGGAUCAAUAUUCUAUCGAAAUAUUUAGAGCUAUAUUGAACAAAUGUAAUGCUUCGAAUCAUCAAAUUAUUAUAUUACUCGAAUUUAGCAAAAUAUUUAUUUGAAACAAAACGUUGUGAAUAAUGAAAUAACUAAGUCCUUCCAAUGUUAAAAGUAUCUCGAACAUUUAGAUAGUUUCAACCUCACUGUUUUCAUCGAAGUGGGCUGUUUUUAUAUUUUAAAAUAUAUUGUAUUUCCGAUGUAAUGGCACAACCCAAAAGGGGUGAAUCUACAUAAAAAAGUAAGUUAAAAAUGCAUUAAAAAUCCUGUAUUUCAAAAAAUUUUUAAAACCUGCCAUAAAAAAUUGGCGCCAUCUUGUGUUAAGUGUUAAAAAUGAGCCUUUUUUGUUUUACCGAUAGGGAGUGCAAACAAUAUAUUUAUAGUUAUCCUUGUCAACACCAGGCGGCGCUCUAGUACAGUGGCGGUCUUUUUUUUAAACAUUCAAAAUUUAAAUUAAUUUUCGACUCACUUUUUCAUAUUCACCCUCUUUUUGGUUUUGUCCCACCAAGUCGGAAAUACCCUGUAUAAAUGCAGAAGUGCUAAUGUAUGUAUGUGUGUGAAUUUAAGAAUACAUUUUAGGUAUGUAUAGGUAUUUAUUUUCAUUCUUUUAUAAGAUACAAUAUAUGCAUUAAAAUGCGCGUAUGUAUGUUUUUAUAUGUACACCGUGUAUUCGAAAUAAUAUUUCAUUUAUUCUUAUCUUUCAAUAACAUUUACAUCUUCUCUGCAUUCAAAAAUAAAAUUGAUCGAAUACGUACAAAAUAGCAUACUUAAAAAAUUAAGGAUUUUUAUCGGGUAGUAGAUAAUAACUUUUUCAAAUGAAAUAAUCAUUAUCUUAUAGUUUUUUAAAUAUGUUUGAAACUAGCAAUAUAAUAACUACUUUUG